AUGGCGGACAACAACCAGUUCACGUCCUUCGACGAGAAUGACUGGAAAGCUCAAAAUGCGGCAGACGAUAGAGAAAUCGCGAAACUUCUAGAGCAGAGCCAAGAUGGAGCAUCGGGCGGCUUGAAGCUCGACGAUACACCCUUUGACCAGACGAACAAAGCCGAUGAUGCGGAGGAUUUCGAGGACAUCAGCGAUGACGACCUCCCCGAGGAGGAGCCCAGCGCAAGCACAUCCGUGGAACUACCUGGGUUGACCGACGACGGCGAAACUAGUAACAACGACGCGGAUGAUCUUUUCGGUGAAGGCCCAUCUUCGCCAACCGACCCAGUCCUCGGACCCCCAUCUCCUGCCCCUCAUGUACGGGAUGCCGAUGCCGCCGAUGAGACUCAACCGAGCGAACCAUCUCCCGUAUUCCCUGGCAUAAAUUUCGAUCCCGAGCCACGCUUGACAGCGAACCAAGAUCCUGAUAUUCCCGCUCCUGCUGAGACUGUCGAGGAUUUACUCAAGGCAGCAUGGCCUGCUUACAAGAAAGGGUGUAUUCUUACGUGGAGUGAGCUCUUGCCGGCAAAGAAGGCCAUCUGGAAGGAGAAGAAGCCCCUCAAGAAGCCUAAGCGUCUCGUCACAAGCAAGCUGACGCUUGAGCUCGACCAAGAUAGUCUCACCCACUUUAGACUACCUGGCCCUCCAGCGACGUCUCGAACAGAUGGCAACGACCACAAGGGGCUAGUUUUCUGUUACAGCGACACGGUGAAAGAAGAGGAGGAUAUUGCUCAGUUCGAUAUCGAUCAAGUAGACGAAUCAGAAACUGUCAUGGGAUUCACACUUCGCGAUAUCGAGAUGGCCUGCGAAGAUUGGUACACCCAGAUAGGGGUGAUUGAAAAAGACUUUGAUAUUCUCGAAGCCGAGGAGCGGAAAGAGGCGACAUCCAGAAAGCGGCUGUUUGAAGAGGAAGACGAUGAUGAAUGGAACGCAGAGUUCCUCAUGGACGACGUGGUGGACGCUCCAGCCCCCCCAAGAAGCGCAAAACGAUUAAGCCUGGCCUCCCAGAAAUCCCGCGAUACACUGCCCCGUCCUUCGACAAUUUCGAAGAAACCACGAGACGAGGUGCCAAACGAGUGCAGCUUGACGCAUCCGACCCCCACCUUCUCAUUGAUCCUCAAGAAUCCCAACGAGUUGCUAAGCGCCCCCGGCAAGACGGACCUGAAGGCAAGCAUGUUCCGAGUGGGAAGAUCAGUCGCAAUCUGUUUUCGCGAUUUAAUAUGUCUAACGAUGACGCAUACGAACUGCUCAAAGAAAACCACCAGAGCAAGGUGCGCGCUACACUCGGAAACAUUUCCGUGGAACACAGUAUGCCUGCCAUCAAGCUCACCUGGCCAUACUACAAAGUCAAACUUCCUGGCACAACGGACGAGUACCAUCGCCCACGUUUCCGAUACAAGAAGUUUGUCGGCCAGUCCAUCAGGUUUGAAAAGCCAGCCCAUUUCAGAAGGAAAGAAAUGCGCAAGAAGAUUUCAGAGGUCUUCAAGGACUCCAAGUCGCUCAGUAUCAGCGACAAUUCUACAGCGGUUUUGUUUGAAUAUUGUGAACCCAGACCUAGGGUGCUCAACAAUUUCGGGAUGGGUAGCAAGCUUAUCAACUAUUACCGUCGGAAGGAUGCCAAGGACGACGAACAGCUCCCGAAACGAGAGCUCGGGGAAUAUCGCAUGUUGCUGCCCGAAGACCGAUCGCCAUUCUCGUUGUUUGGAACCGUUGACGCUGGUGAGACGGUUCCUACUCUCCAUAACGAAAUGUAUCGAGCUCCAGUAUUCAAACACACUCCUCGAACUACGGAUUUUCUCAUAGUGCGCAGUACCACUGGAACAAAUGGAUCUAAAUGGUUUAUCCACAAGAUCGACCACCUGCAUGUCGUCGGUCAGACUUUCCCUUCGGUCGAAGUACCAGGACCCCACAGCAGAAAGGUUACCAAUGCAUCCAAGAAUCGCAUGAAAAUGCUGGCGUUCCGUAUGAUUCGGCACAGCAAAACUGACAAUUGUCAAUUGCAAGAUAUCACGAAGCACAUUGCAGAAUCCACUGAUACGCAGAAUCGCCAGAAACUGAAAGAAUUCCUUCAGUACGAUAGGAGUGGCGAGAAGGGUAUGUGGCGACUGAAGCCGGGGGAGAUUCUUCCCGACGAGAGCUCUGUUCGUGCUAUGAUUAAACCCGAGGAGGUGUCACUGCUCGAUGCCAUGCAGCUAGGUAUCAAGGAGCUCGAGGAUGCUGGGUACGAUCCCAGAAAUGCCAACUUCGACGAUGAUGUUCAGAUGGCGGACGCCGAUGCUGAGGAAGGCGACGAUGAUGAUGAGGGCAGUAAGAUCGUGAAGGCUGCAGCAGGCGGGAAAAAGGCUGCCCAGCAAGAGGAGACACUUGCGGAUAAGAUGGCUCCUUGGAAAACUACCAAGGCAUUCAUUGAUGCAUGUGCCCAAAAGGCGAUGCUUCAACUCCACGGCGAAGGUGACCCUACAGGCCAUGGCCUUGGGUUCAGCUUCAUCCGUACAUCUAUGAAGGGAGGCUAUAUCGAGGCCGUUCAAGGCCCGCUCGCCACAUCGGCGGACGCGAUGGAGCGAGAAAAACGCGCCAACGGUGGCCAUGCGUACAAUGUCAAGAAGCAGCAGGCCAUGUACGAGGAGGGCAUCCGAGAAAUUUGGGAAAAGCAAAAAUCCACAUUGUCAGAUCCACAAGAACACGAUGACAAUGAUAUCGCUGUGACGGAAGAUGAAGACGACCGCUUCAACGUUCACUCAGCGCCGACGCCUGCUCAUAUCGAUGACGGCACGAGUCAGAUAAGCGGCUUCACGUCCUCAAGCCGCCACGCAAAGCGAGCGAUUAGAAUCACUCGUGAUGUUCGUUUAGCUGACGGAUCCACCCAGCAACGCACCGAAGUUGUCUACGACCCUGUUGUCAUCACGCAAUACAUGAAGCGGAGAACAGAGGCUGACCUGGAACUAAGAGAGUAUGUCAAACAAUCCCUUCGCUUCGCAACAUUGUCGCGAAAACCACCUCGUAUCUGGCGGAAGCUACCCGCUUCUGUCAGAUCACUCCAUAGGUCGGCUUUUCUCGCAAAACAAUGCAUCAGGACCAAGUCCACAUAUGGCCUGGGAACACCAGGCUCUUCUAGAGAUAUUGUUGGCCUUGCAUUCCGAGCGCCUGCUUACAUAAAUGUCUUUACAGCAUCUACAGCUCGCGGCCCACUGGCAAUGCCGACCAUGACCGUCUUGCAGGGAUUAGGUGAGCUUGAGACUAUCUCCCAAUGUGUUUGUUUGGCCCAGUUGUUAACAUGUCUACUCUCUCUCAGAAUUAAGCAGGAACUCGCAAGAUUGGAAAAGAACAAGGCAAGACGCCAAGCCCGAGAACAGCAGAAAGAACUCCACCAGCGAGCGAAUGCCCCUGGUGAUGCUGGAUCCCCCGGCGCGGUCGCUUCCGGCGAUAAGAUCGUUACGGGCACAACCCGGAAGUGUGCCAAUUGCGGCCAGGUGGGACAUAUCAAGACAAACAAAAAGUAUGGAACCCCAACCCUUCUCCCCACCCCCACGCUCGUCAUUUGA